AUUAGCAAGUCACACCCCCUGCCCACAUUUUAAGGGAAGGUUUAAAAUUAUUAAUUAAAAUGCGGCUGUAGAGUUGGGGUAAAACUAUGUGUUAGCAUUCACCUUUUGGGGGUUAGGAUUCAGGAUAGUUCAGGAGGUUUUUACCGGGAGCUGAAUUAUCCGCAGAGAUCUUCGCCCCUCAAAACAAACGUUAAAAAAAGUGUUUCUUUAGUGUUCUUCGGCGGACAGAGGCUAAUACUCCUUCGGUGUUCAUCGUUCACUGGGAGCCGAAUUAUCCACAGAGGUCACCUCUUCUUCAAAAGAAACAGGCCAGGUGUGUGGAAAGAUGUCUGGAUUUAACCAUUUCCUCCUGAGCCUCUGUAUCAUAGGGUGCAUUUUUUGCAGUUCCAGGGCGUGGCAUGUCAGGAUGCCAAGCAAUAUUAAAGGAUUAUUAGGUUCCUGCCUUGUCAUCCCUUGCAGUUUUGACUAUCAUCGGUGGCCACCUCGAAGACCAGAUCAUGUGGUUUGGUACCAGCAUGUGAGCCAUGGAUAUCCUUUGGUUUAUGACAAGGACCACCCAGGCAAUGUCAUUGACAUAUUCAAAGGAAAAACAAAACGAUAUGGCUUUACACAAAGCAAGACAUGCAGUCUAAAGAUCGACCCAGUGAUGUUGUCUCACCACAGACAGAAGAUUUACCCCUGGGUAGAUCCAGAUAAUGUCGGGAGAAGCACCUACCGAUUCUUUGAUACAACUGUAACAAUUGAAGUAGUGGAAACUGCAGAGAAACCAGAAAUUAUGUUCCAUGGAGACAUGAAGGUUGGACAGUACGUGCAAGUGGAGUGCUCUGUUUAUCACACCUGUCCCAGUAACCCACCAACUCUGAUGCUCAGCAGCCAAACACAAAGCAAAGAAAUAAUUCACACCAACACACCUGAUGGCACAUCCAGAACUACUCUGAAAUCCAAGCUGCUCAUAGAGAAAGACUCCCAAACUGUGGAGUGCUCCGUUAAGCACCAUAGUGGUCAACGUGCAAGCACCUCCAAAAUCUUAAAUGCAAAAUGCUCCUUUUCGUCCCUGACUAUUACCCCCACACCACCUGAAUAUCUUGAGGGACAUGCAAGCAAAGUAACCUGCACCGCCUCAUACACAUGCCCUCAAGAUGUACCAGUUCUCACAUGGAACUAUAAGAGUAUGCCAGCCUCCUCUGACACCAAGAACAGCGCAGCAGCUCAGUGGAGUACUGUCUCCACACUUACAUUCACCCCAUCAGCUAACGACCAUGGAGGAUCUCUGACAUGCUACGCAAUAUUCAGUGGGGGACGGACGCAAGUGAGCAUCCCCCUACGAAUAAAGAGAAAUAUGCUCUCUCGUGGUUGGUCCUUCACCACCCCUGGCAGCAUCACAGGCAUGAGAGGCUCAUGUAUCAUCAUUCCUUGCAGUUUCACCUACAGUAACUCCCAGCCUGCUGACCUCCCAGUUAUUUGGUACUUGUACCAGAAUAAGCGAUACCUACCAGUAUUUGCCCAAACGGAGAGUUCUUUUAGUAGAUUUAAGGGAAGAACCAGCUUGGUUGGGUCUGUGAGGGACGGGAAUUGUAGUCUUAAGAUCGAGAGGCUGGAGAUGUCGCACAACCAGAACAGAAUUUUCCCAUGGGUAGAUAAGAACCCUAUUGCCUCCUAUCAUACCGCAGAUCAGUCAUUUUCUGAAAUGACCACUGAACUUAUUGUUUCAGAUCAAGCACUGGCGCCACAUUUGAGCAUCAAUGCUAUCCCCAGGGUGGGAGAACAGAACAAAGUGUCCUGCAGUGUGCGCCAUACAUGUCUCUCUGCUCCCCCCACCCUUACCCUAAAUGGUAAAGAUGGAGCCGAUGUCCCUGUGGACACUCUGACAUCUGAUGGGAUUUGGCAAAGGACAGUCGAGAAAACUUGGACUGUACAAGAGGCAGACGUCAGUGUGAAUUGUGCUGUUCGCUUCCAUGGUGGUCAGACAGCCACAAAUGAGCUUAGACUGAAUGUUGAAUGUCCAUACAAAGAAAUCACAAUGGAUGAGCCGCCAGCCGAGACAAUAGAGGGUGUAGCAAAGACUGUCAUUUGUUCUGUUACCUACACAUGCAAGAAAAAUAAACCAACCAUUACAUGGAACUUUGAAGAUAUGUGGAGUACGUCAUACACCAAACCACUGUUGAGCAAUACCUACAUGACAGUGUCAAAUCUAACCUUUAUUGGCUCCCUGACUGAUGAUGGCAAACCUUUGACCUGCACUGCUAGGUUUUUGACCGGGGAGACCUCAAAGUCUGCAACCCUUCAUAUAAAAAAGUAUGACAAACCAGUUGAAGAAAGAGAUCUACAUGAAAAUGAUGGAACCCGUGUUCUGGCUGCUGACGUCCCUUUCAGAUACAACGCCCUGACCCGCUCCUGUGUGGUGAUUCCCUGCAGCUUUCAGGGGGAUGAGCUUCUUACUCGUGGUAUCUGGUCCAAAAAAACUGGGGGCGUUGUCUUCCAUAAUGGCCGGAGUCAUGUACUCGACCAUUUCAAGGACCGCACCAGGCUAUUAGGAAAUCUGAAUGAGGGAAACUGCUCACUGGAGAUUGAUGACAUCAAGCCUUUUGACAACGGGCCCUUCUGUUUCCAUGCAGAGAAAGAAAAUGAAAAAUACAGAUUCAACAACAGCUGUGUAUUCAUUGUUAUGAAAGCUUCCCCAGAAAAGCCAGUGAUGACCCCAGUUCCAGCUGAAGUCGACGCUGGUUCAACUAUAAGUGUCUCGUGUUCUGUGAGUCACACGUGUCCCUCACAUCCUCCAGUAUUCGCAUGGAGUGUCUCUAACCUCACCAGUGAAGACACGCACACCUUGACAACACAAGGUGUCUGGAAGGUGACAUCCACGAUCACUUUCCUGGUUGAAGGUGGAGACGGUGUCAAAAGCCUGACAUGUACUGCCACCUUCUGGCGUGGCAAGCAACAAGCCAGCACAGUCAAGCUGAAUGUGAAGGGAUCACUGAUGUACCAGUUCAGAGGCUCUCUUCCAGUGUCCAUUCCAGUCUCAGCUGUGGUCCUGAUUAUAAUCAUCUUAGCCUCAGUGUUUGGAGUGUUCAUCUGGAGGAAAAGGAAGCACACUGAUGACUCACUGAAACCACCACCUCGACCAGAGAAAAGGCGAUCUCUAUGGGACAGAUUAUCUAGGAGAUACCCCGAAGACAGGGAGAGGCCUCCGAGACCCGAAAAACGGAGGUCCAUUUGGAGCCGAUUUUCCAGCAGAACAGAGGAUGGGCGUGUUGGGUGGCAUGAGAGGAAACCCAGGAAGUCUUUCUGGGACAGAUUUUCAAGACACCAAGACAACACCGUGGACCUCAAUGUGGGCUAUGUAAACAAUAGCACUGCUGUAAACUGUGGCACUCACAUCUCCAAACAACGUUUUCCAUCCCCAAAGGGUAACCGGAGACCACCUCACUCUGGAAGGCCUGAGGUGUAAGGCAACCUUUGAGUUCUUCAAGACAUCUUGGAAACAUCACAUGCUAACAGGAUCAUGUUGCUUUUAUUAUUUUAGAUUCAUCCAAACCUUUAUAGAAGUGUGUGUGUGUGUGUACUUUUGGGUGGGUGGGGGCUGGGGGUGAUGUUGGGUUUGCAUUUAAAGGUAAACUUCACUUCAUUCAUUCAUAAAGAAUGUAUAGUGACACAAUUAGUGGUCAUUUAACUGAAUUUAAACACCUGUUAAAUAAACAUAAUCACAUGUAAA